GCUGGACAGUUUGCAAUCGUAAACUACUCAAUCUUUAUUACGAUGGAUCGGUGGACAGACGCCGACGAUGAUACCUGCACAAAACGAAAAGCCCCACAAGGGCGUGUUGCUGCAGGCGGGCUGGCUGCAUUUGUCAAGUCCGGAAACACAAUCGGCACGGAUGGCGCUCAGACCUUUGGCAAAAUCGAAAUUGUAGCUUCCAAACGGGAACGGAAAGCCGCUGAGGUUCAGGCCGAGGCGACCCGGCUCAUGCCUCCGCCGCGCCUGCCGGGCGCCGCCUCCGCCCCAGCUGUGGAAAUGGUUCCCACCGCUGACGGCCCCCCCAAGUGCCCCGUGCCGUCAUGGGCAGGAGAGCCGCCGGCGGGGUCGCGGCUGCUUGUGUACAAGGAGGGGACAGUCAUCCAGGACAUUGCACUGGGCAAGGUGGUGACUGUGUUCGGCCGUGUGCCGGAGCUGGCGGACGUGGUGCUGGACCACCCCUCCAUCAGCCGCCAGCACGCCACCGCCGCCUGGCACCCGGGCCGCGCCGCCUGGCUGCUCACCGACCUGGGCUCCACACACGGCACCUGGGUGGGCGACAGCCGCCUGGGCAAGAACGAGCCCGCCGAGCUGGUGCCUGGUGUGGAGGUCCGCUUCGCCGCCUCCACCCGCAGAUACAAGCUGGCGGCGCCGCUGGGCGGCAAGGCGGCGGCGGCGGCGGGGAACUGUGCCCGUGGGGAUGCGGGUGACGCAGCCGCCCCGGGUACGGCGCCAGGGUCGGGGCUGAUGCUGCCACCGCCGCCGAAGCGGCCGCGAGUAUCUUUCGCCGACGACGACUCGGCCGCUGCGGCAGGCGGCGGUGGCGGCGGUGCGCCGCGGUCUGCGCUGGAGACUGUCAUUGGCUUCACGGACGGCAAGGACUUUGUGCGAGUGGGGCCGCGCGCGGCGGCGCCGGAGGAGGGUCGCUUUGCCGCCGCCGUGCCCACCACCGUCGUACGCAUUGCCAAGCCGGCACGACCGGGCGACAACAACAGCAACGGCGGCGGACCCGGGGCGGAUGGCGCAGGCCUGGAGCCUGGCGUAGCGGGUGAAGGUGGCGGCGGCGCUGGCGGCGGGAGCAUGGCGCCGCCGCCACCGAGGAAGGCGCCGGGCAGUCCCCGGCCGGGGUGCGGCCGCGGCGCGAGCCUGACGCGGGAGGCCAGUGGCGGCGGCCCGGGUGCCCACGGCGACGAGGACGAAGAUGACGCGGCGGCGGCAGCUGGCAGCGGCCCGGGCGGCGUGAACACGAACCGGGGCCACGGCGAGGGGGGCUCUCAGUCGCCGCGGCCUUCCAGCCGGCCGGCGCCUGCGGUUAUGGAGCGGCGGGGCUCGGGCGGGGCGGGUGGGGCCGCGACGGCGGGCGUGGAUGAGGUACGGCCUCAGCUGCGCGAGUUUGUGGACCGGCUGCGGAAGGCGCCGCCGAAAGUCGGCGGCGGCGGCAGCCUGUAUGCCGCGCUGCCGCCACCUAGCCGGUAGCCCGGUAGCGGCUGCCAGGUACGGUGCGGUGACGCCAUUGGGACAGGGGUGCACUACACCGCCAGUAUGCAGUGGCGGCAUGCAGCCGGCUGAAGUGAGCGAGUGGAGUUGGGCAGGGCGGCACUGAGCACUGGCGGGCAUGGCGUUGCCGGGCAUGGGUGAUACAGGCCCUCUGACAGGACACUA